AUGGUCAGUCGCUCUUUAACUAUCACUAGAGCCCGUAUUGAAUCUAAUAUUCCACGCAAAGGCAAGAAUGCCCUGUACAAUCGAGACGCAGCCAUCGAAAAGUUUUUCGACAAAGUUCUUCGCGCAGCCGUCCAACAUCUUGACAUGGACAAGUUGAAAGUUUUGUUGAUCGCAUCCCCGGGCUACGUCAAAGAUGGCUUCUACAAGUAUAUGGGUAUGGAGGCCGCACGCCAAGAUUUGCGGUCCAUUAUUGAUAACAAAGCUAAAAUGGUCUUGUGCCACGCUUCAUCAGGACACAAACAUGCCUUUCAUGAGGUGCUCACCAGACCCGAGUUACAAUCCCGCCUGGCGAAGACAAAGGCCGUUAGUGAAGUGCAAGCUCUUAACGACUUCCAUGAAAUGCUCGGCAAAGAUCAAGACCGCGCUGUGUAUGGACCUGCACAUGUCAAUCAUGCCGCUGAAAUGGGGGCCAUCGACAAGUUAUUGGUAACUGAUACGCUUUUUCGGGCACCUGACCCUGAGAAGCGGCAAAAGGUUGUUACUCUCGUGGAGAACAUCAAACAAUCGGGGGCCACGGUCAACAUAUUCUCAACACAACAUGUUACCGGGGAACAGCUUAAUUUGAUGUCAGGUAUUGCUGCAAUAUUGAGAUUCCCUCUGCCGGACUUGGAUGACAUUGAGCCAGAAGAGUGA